AGAAAAAAUCUGGAUGGAGAAGAAAAAAAGAAAUAUUUAUAAAAAGCGAACUGCAUGGUGCGCACAAAGCGAAGCUUUUCUUUUGGAGCUCUGGGAGGCAAAGUCGGUGCAGCUGCGCAGUGUUCGGAAAAAUUCCCAUAUAUUGGAGGAGAUGGCCGGUGAGUUAAGGAGUGCAGGUUAUGCUAUUUCAUCAAAGGAAAUUAAAACAAAAAUGCAUAACCUGACCACGAAAUACAGAAAUGAGAAAGCGAAAAUAGGCCCAUCAGGUGGCUCACCAUCCGACUGGCCUCUGUAUACCCAUAUGAAUGCUAUUUUUGGCAGUUAUAAAAGUUACAAUGUUGAGAAAAUGGUGGAAGACAGCAUUAUAGAUUGUGACGGCAUCCAAAGUUCCUCUAUCUCACAAUUUAUUGAGUCGGAAACAGAUUUUGAUGAUGAAAUUUCGUUUCUGUCGGAUAUGUCCAAUGCUGUCGAAUCUCAGGAACUCAUGGUAGCGUCUUCAAUAAUGCCGUCUGCAGCUGAAUCCGGUUGCAUUACCGAUUCCGUGCCAAUUGAAAUAUCACCACCGCCAACCCCGUCAACAUCACGAGCAGCUAAAAAGAAGUUGAACGUACAAAAGCAAAUAUUAGUGCAUAUGGAUAAUAUGGAAAAAGAGUUCAAUGAAACAAAAGUGGAAUUAGUAAAUACAAACAAAAUGAUGAUAGAAAAAAGUGAUAAAGAGAUUGCUGCUGAGAUUGCUGCUUCCAUCAGCAUUGACUGCCGUUUUUUCAAAUAUGAAAUUUUUAGGAUUAAAUACAGCAUUUGUUUUUGA